CCCCCGGCGCCGGGACCCUCGGGCCGCUCGCCCGGGCCGGGGAGGAAGGGCUGGAGCUGCCCCCCGAUCCCGGGGAUCCCGGGCCGCAGGGACAUCCUCUCCCGGGGGGCUCCGGACGAGGCUUUGAGCUGUGCCCGCAGGGAUCGGCCAUCAUCCAGCCCGCCGCCAAGCCCUCCUGCUCCGCUUCCCACCGCCUGCCAAGAGAUCUGUGUGCCGAGGUGCUUUUCCAUCACCCUGGAAAUCCGCUCACUCCCCUUCCUGUAGCUGAGCUGUUGAGAUAAUGGAGCUCCAGGCUGUGGUAUCCACGCUGGAAAGCGGGGAGCAGGACACCGUUCUCAAGGUGCUCCAGGUCUACAACCAAGAGAAAUCUCAGUGCUUCAUCUUUGAGGAUGAGGAGCGGGAAGAGAGGAAGAAAAUGGCCCAGCUGCUGAUCAAGUUCCUGGAGAGGGAGCUGCAGCCAUCCUGCCAGGUCACCUGCCUGGAGAGCAUCCGCAUCCUGUCCCGGGACAAGCACUGCCUCGACCCCUUCACCACCAAGGAAGGCCUGAAGACCCUCUCCAGGCACGCCGGCAUCGACUACUCGGAGGAGCUCAUCCGGGAGGUGCCAGACCUGGAUGUCAUCCUGGAGUCCCUGAAAUGCCUGUGCAACAUCGUGUUCAGCAGCGCCAUGGCGCAGGAGCUGACGGCGGAGGGGCGGCUGGUGGUGGGGCUGGCGCGGCGCAUCAAGCUCUACAACGAGCGCAGCCUUCCCCACGACGUCAAGUUCUUCGACCUGCGCCUGCUGUUCCUGCUGACGGCCCUCAGGGUGGACAUCCGGCAGCAGCUGGCCCAGGAGCUCCGGGGAAUCAGCCUCAUGACGGACACCCUGGAGCUGACCCUCGGCGUCAAGUGGCUGGACCCCUACGAAGUUGCCUCCGAGGAGGGGCUUCUCCCGCCUUUGCCUCGGCAGGAGACGGAGCGAGCCAUGGAGAUCCUCAAAGUGCUCUUCAACAUCACCUUUGAUUCCAGCAAGAGGGAGGUGGAUGAGGAAGAUGCUGCUUUGUACAGGCACUUGGGUGCCCUCCUGCGCCACUGCCUCAUGAUCUCUGCUGACGGCGAGGACCGCACCGAGGAGUUCCACAGCCACACAGUCAACCUGCUGGGCAACCUGCCCCUGAAGUGUCUGGAUGUGCUCCUGACUCCCAAGGUGCGGCCAGGCUCGCUGGAGUACAUGGGCGUCAACAUGGAUGCGGUCAGCAUCCUGCUGGACUUCCUGGAGCGGCGCCUGGACAGGGGCCACAAGCUGAAGGAGAGCUUGACCCCUGUGCUGAACCUGCUGACGGAGAGUGCCCGAGUCCACCGGCAGACCAGGAAGUUCCUGAAGGCCCGGGUGCUGCCGCCGCUGCGGGAUGUGCGGAACCGGCCGGAGGUGGGGAAUGCCCUGCGGAACAAGCUGGUGAGGCUCAUGACUCACAUCGACACCGACGUCAAGCACUGCGCCGCCGAGUUCCUCUUCGUGCUCUGCAAGGAGAGUGUGUCCCGGUUUGUGAAGUACACAGGCUACGGGAACGCCGCGGGGCUGCUGGCGGCACGGGGCCUCAUGGCCGGUGGCCGCGAAGAGGGGGAGUACUCGGAGGAUGAAGACACGGACACGGAGGAGUACAAAGAGGCAAAGCCCAACAUCAACCCUGUGACGGGACGUGUGGAGGAGAAGCUGCCCAACCCGAUGGAAGGGAUGACAGAGGAGCAGAAGGAGCACGAAGCCAUGAAAUUGGUCAACAUGUUUGACAAGUUGUCCAGGGAGAAGGUGAUCCAGCCCAUGGGCAUCACUCCCAGCGGCAACCUGGCGCCCAUGGAGAACGCCAUCCGCAACAUCGCCGACGAGCGCUCGUCCUCCGACUCGGACCUGGGGCUGGACUGAGCCGCUCCCGCCCCAGCCUCGGAGAGCUGGGCUCCAGCCGCUCUCCCUCGGAACUGGUGCUGCACCCAGGAGCUGGCACUGCCCCAGGACUCCCCCUGGGAUCUGGAUCCAGCCUGGAGCCCUCAAAGCCUCACAUGGAACACCUGCCUCCUUCCCAGCUCCAUAGCCACCUCUCCUGCCAGAGGUCACCUGGCUCCACCUCGGUCUCUCCUGUCAGCAGCCUUGAGGAUUUCACACUCCAAAUUGUUUCCAGGACUCUCCAGUAGGAUUUUUGGUUUUUAAAUACAUGCUGUUUGGGAAGAAGGGUCAGGAGGAGGCUCUUCCUGCCGCUUCAUCAGGGUUCAGGGAUCCAUGGAGCCUCCUGUGUGCGUGGGGCUGCUCCCCAGGAAUGCCGUGGGAAGAGGGGCUGCCACAGAGGGGUGUGGGCCUGCAGUGGGAGUGGGGCAUGGUGCAGGUGGCUGUAUCCAUGUCUGUGCACACCCAGAAUGUGUGGGUGAGCAGAGCAGAGCUGGUGAGGCCUUGGAAGCUUCCAGCAUUCCACUGGCUGCCGGAGAGAGCGUGCGGGCAGUGUCCCUUCCCUGGCACUGGGCACUGUCCUGUCGCCACCCAGCUGGGUUUGGGCGUUUGCCUCUCCCAACUUUCCAGACAAAAGGCCUGUGCUCUGUCCUUGGCUCCUCCUUGCUGUCCCCAGGUGGCUGUGUCCCCCCAGGGGCUGGUGUCGGGCCUGGUGUAGAUUUGUUUUUAUUUUUAUUCCUGUUUCCUUUGGAAAGAAAAUCUUCCCAUUUGUCUCAUGUAUCCGAGUUCCCAAACCUCCUGUCAUGAGUAGGAAUGCACAAGUGACGCUAGAAUAAAGCCAACCUGACACA